AUGGCAGAAUCGCCAGAACCAACGGAGCCGACAAAUGUCGCGCAUAGAACACGCAACGCAGGCCGUCGAGAUUCAAUAGACAAAGAAGCACAAGAGAAAAAGAAGUUCGAUAAGGAAAGAGCUCGUAUCAUCAAAGAAAGUCUAAAAAGCGACUAUGUGGAACCAGAUAAGCGCCACUUGGGCCAUCUACUGCAUCUCACUGCUCCCCACGGCGACAAAACCGCUUGCAUAGAACCAAUGGACUUUCAGCUACGGAAGUUUGCUGGUUUGAUUGUUACUACUCAUAAAGCAAAGCCCCAGUUUUCAGAAGAGUUCAUAGACGAAUUGGGGAACUUGGCUUCGGAAUACUUGCAUAAACUAAUAGGGCUGCUUCACAAGUACACGGAAGUGCAGAGACACAAGAGACCUGGAGUUCAUGAUUUGGAUAUUUGUUUCCACAACAACUGUAUUAGCCCUGGUUCUUUGUACCUGGAGUACGAGCGAAGCCGGGUGUUGCCUGAGGCGACGAAAUUGCAUAAGAACACUUUGGACAGACAAGCCAAUCAGCUUUUGGAUGACUUCUAUGCUGAAGAGUUCCAUCUAGAUAAGAACGAUCCAUCCGCAGUGUUCCACGCCAACGACCAGCAUGAGGUGGCCUCCUUAAUCCCAAGACAGCUGCUGAGGCCAUCAUAUAUUCCUGACUACUUCCCUACGCUUCCGCCUGACUACACAUACCAAAACACGGGUAACUACAUGAAGACAAUCACAGAACUCAAGCAGAUCAAGCUCAAGUUGGUGGAAGAGCUGAGACUCAACGAGGGGUCCUUGUACAAGCUCAUUGACCGCGAGAUGCCCGAAGAGGCUGUGCUUUCAGAAUUGGAUUCAGAUGACGAGGAUAUCAUGAGUGUUUCUGGAGAGGGCCAUGCCACUGAUGUCGAGUCACCUCAGGAGGCAAAUGCAGAGGCGAGUGAAACAAAAGAGAAGCCCAAGGGAGACGAGAGUCAGUCAGCUCCCGAAGAACCCAAACCUCCUUCAAAUACCAAACGUUUCGAUUUCGUGGACUACGCAAUGAGGCGAAAGGCUGCCAAGGAGAGAGCAGCCAAGAAGCUUGCAGCACAUAGGAAGAAAAGAGAGGACGACAUUCUCUUGAAGCGCGAGAAAAAAUAUUCACCAUACGCCACGGCUUUGCCUACAGCGGAGGACAAUGCUUUCUACGAGCUGUUCCUACAAAAGAGCCUCAAGCGAGUCGUCAAGGCGACCAAAGAGGCUCAUGAGAAGAAACGUGCUAAGAUCGCCGAGUUGCUUGAGGAGAGAGCCAGACAAGAGAAGGAGCAGGAGAAGAACGCCGGAUCUUUCGAAUUCGGCUUUGCAUUCAACCCCAACGCCAAUGUUCUGGAUGAGAGUGAAGAGGAAGACGAUGUUGGUGAGCUCGAUUUUGGUGACGACUUCAAACUCGUGGAAAACAGAACUGACGUUGCAGGCAAGAGGCCCUCCAGCGGAAGCGAUCAAACUGCUCAGCCAACCAGUGAAGCUGCAGAGCAAAAGGGCGAGGGUGAUUUCGAUAUGAAAGACGCCGACGACGAUGUGGGAGAUCUUGAAAACGAGCUUGACAACGCAUUGAACGAGAACUUGAAUUUACCAGCACCAAUUCCUUUUGAUGAUGGAAUGGAUGGUUUUGAGCUGAGCGACAGCGAUAGUGACGAGGACACCAAUGUGGGCAACCUCAACUUCAACAACAAUGACAACGCGACGCAGCCACAGGAACCCGCUACGACGACUACGUUCGAGAUGAACUUCCCACCGGAGGUCUCUGAGGAGUCCGAAGAAGACGACAUGAUCGACAUGUAA